UUAAAUCCUUAUAUAACAUCAUACAUGAGAGUUAAUGGUACUGCACCUUCCCUUACAUACACUGAGUGUGCCUGGAUUUUAGCCACAGCAGGCAUUGGUCAAGGGCUGUCUGUGGUACUGGGAGGUCUCAUUGAAAAAAAGAUUGGACCUAAAUUAACCACACUCUGUGGUGGAUGGUGUAUGAGUCUUGGUGUCUUAUCAACAUAUUUUUCAAUCAAGCAAUCAUUUGGCCUGUGUAUCUUCACCUACGGUGCAGUUUUUGGAUUUGGUAUAGGAAUUGCUUAUGCUGUUCCGCUCUCUUGCUCAGUGAGGUGGUUUCCAGAGAGAAAAGGUUUGGCCAAUGGUCUUGUUCUAGCCGGGUUUGGGGGUGGAGCUUUCAUCUUCACUCAGAUUCAAACAGCCUUUAUCAACCCAGACAAUAAAAAACCUGAGCUGGAAGUAGAUGGUGACAAGUAUUUUGCCCAACCAGAUAUUUUGGACAGAGUGCCUUACACAUUUCUUCUAAUUGGUGGUUGCUAUGCUGUUUUGCAGCUGAUUGGGAGUUUGUUAAUUUGUAACCCACCACCAAAAGAAAUAACAAUCAUUAUCCCAAGUUCAGAUGACACAACCAAAGCCAGUUUACCUGAGGAGAGAUAUGUCAAGCUACCUGACCAGCUACCUGCCCUGGAACUACAACCAAAAGUGGACCCAACAGCUUUAGAUGAAAAGAAAUCUCAGGCAGAUGAGGAAGAACAAAUUGAUAAUGUUAUCAGUGAGAAAUCAGCAAGUGAUGAUCAAGAUGAUCACAAUGUUUAUCCUCUGAAAAUGCUCAAAGACAAAAACUUCUAUCUACUGUGGAUAAUUUUUCUCUUCAAUGGGCAAGGUGUUACUUUCAUUUCUAGCCUUUACAAGGCAUAUGGUCAAACCUUCAUUUCUGAUGACUCAUUUCUUGCCUUGGUUGGAGCUUUUGCUGCAGUGUUCAAUGCUUCAGGAAGAAUUGUUUGGGGUGUGAUUGCUGAUAAAUUUUCUUUUAGGGUGGCGCUGUUGGCAUUGUUAGGUGUAUUCACAUCCCUAAUGCUGACACUACAAGUAUCUGAGUACGGAGGCAAGCCACUGUUUUUUGUGUACAUCUGUUUACUCUUUGGGUCAUUCUCUGGCAACUUCUCCUUGUUCCCAACAGCAACAGCCAAAAGUUAUGGCCCAAAGUACCUCAGUAUUAACUAUGGCCUGUUGUUUACAUCACAGUUGGUAACAGCACCUUUGGGAACUUUUCUUUCUCAAAUGCUCAAAGCAUCGAUUGGAUGGAAUGGACUAUUUUUUCUAGUGGCAGGUUUUACUUUUUCAAGCCUUCUGCUCACCAUCUUGUUCAGUGGUAAAGACAAGAAGGGAAACACCAUUUAAACAGAGGUUGUGGUCUCAACACCGACUUCAAGAACAAAUGUACCAGUAAGAUUUGCAUGGGGCUGAGAUGAAAGCUAAACAGUAACAAAAUCAGAUCCUCUUUUCAUUGAAACUUUGGGGUUUUCUUUGCUGUAUUGAGAAUUAACAACCUUUUAAACAAAAGGAUUAUGCUUUUGAAAAUGUCCAAAACAAAACUAACCGAAUUUUCCAAAAUUAGUAUAGUACAAAUUAGAAAUGACCACUUUAAAAUUUUAACACUUAAUAAUAUAACUAUAUUGUGAAUAGUGUUUCUUUUUAAACAAGUAAACAAUUUAAUUUAAACAUCAACAAUGAGGACCAAACUUUUUUUUAUGGCAAACAAUGCAAAAAAAAUAUGAACAAAUGAAGGAAGCUGUAAAAUGUAUUUAAUUCAUAAUUUUUCUGUUCCCAUUCAAAUAUACAGACAUGAAAUUGCUUUAGUUACAUGACAAAAACAAUGUGUAAAAAAUAACUCUGGUUUGAAUGUGAGAAAACAUGCUAAGAUCCUCACCAAUCACUGCUGGUAUUUAGUUGUGUCAGAACAGCAUUAAGUACUGGACAAUGUACAAGGAGAAACUAGAAAUGUAACAGUCAAGAUUGAUAAUACAUGUGCCUAUUCCUUAAGUGACUAUAUUCUAUAAAAGGUUAUUUUACACUUAUUUCUUCUAAAGUCUUUAAAUUUUAUCUUUUAGUUUUCUAACAAUUUGUUGUAAAGGGAAGGAAUAAAGGUUUUUUUCUUAAAGUUAUACCCACCUCCCCUCCCU